UUCAGCUGAGUACCUGAAUGCAGCACGAGAGCUCCAGCGAUGUAGAGGGAAGGAGAGGAAGAGGAGGAGGGUGGAGGCAGAUCGAGGAGAAGCAUGAAGAGGAUCCCCGGUAUCUAAGCUGACUGACGGGGCGAGCAUCUCGUCUUCCCUCGCUCGAUAGGGCCGACAGGAAGCGGAGGGAGGACAGGAUGGAGGAGAGGAAGCAGUUUCUUUGUGGGGUGGUGGAAGGUUUCUAUGGGAGGCCUUGGUCUAUGGAUCAGAGGAAAGUUCUCUUCCAAUGGAUGCAGCACUGGGGGUUGAACACCUACCUGUAUGGCCCAAAAGAUGACCUGAAACACAGACUGUUGUGGAGAGAAGUCUAUUCUCCUGAAGAGGAGGGUCAGCUGCGUACUCUCAUAGCGGAAGCCCAGUCGAGAGGCCUGAAGUUUGUUUACGCCCUCUCUCCUGGUCAGGACAUCGUCUUCUCUUCUUCCUGUGAUCUGACACUACUCAAGCGCAAGCUGAGACAGGUAUCAGACCUGGGUUGCCAGGCUUUCGCCAUUCUGUUUGAUGACAUCGAUCACUCCAUGUGUCAGGCCGACAGCGAGGCCUUUUCUUCAUUCGCCCAUGCUCAGGUCACUGUAACCAAUGAGAUGUAUCGGUUCUUGGGGGAACCACCUGUCUUCCUAUUCUGCCCAACAGAGUACUGUGGUUCUCUGUGUUCUCCCAGUAUAUCAAAGUCUCCCUACCUGCAGACUGUUGGAGAGGACCUGCUGCCCGACAUAACUGUGAUAUGGACAGGCAGUAAGGUCAUCUCUAGGAAACUGUCUGUAGACUGCCUGGCUGAGGUCGAGGCUGUCCUUCAGCGACCCCCGCUCAUCUGGGACAACCUGCAUGCUAAUGACUAUGACUCUAGACGUCUCUUCCUGGGGCCUUUUAAGGGCCGAGAGCCUCAGCUGAGGAGACAGCUGAGAGGCCUGUUACUCAACCCCAACUGCGAGUUUGAAGCCAACUACAUCCCUCUCCAUUCGCUGGGAAGCUGGUACAGAGCUGGAGAAGAGGAGAAGAAAGAUGAGGAGUGUGAAUACUGUCCAGAUAGAGCUCUGUCUGCUGCACUACUUGAUUGGAUGGAGGAACUCAACCAACCACUACAAGCAGGUCGGCAGAGCACACGAUCAGACCAGCGUUCCUCUGCUCCAACAUCUCUCUGUAAAACUCCUGACAGAUCCGACUGCAGAGGAACCUCUGCUGUGGCCAGACUUCCUGUUUUCCCCCUGAACUCCAGCUCACCCCCAUCGUCACCCACUAAGGUCAAGGAGGGGAAGGAGGGACAAGAGGGGGAGAAGAAGAGGUCAAACCAGCCUAAUCAACCCAAUCAACAACCUCCAGGAUCCAGGCCUGGAGCACCUUCAGGCGGAUUCAGGGGACAGAAGGCCCAGGGUCGGGGACUAUGUGGUGGGAAGGGCCUACUAAGUGAGUCCCAGGUGCGACUGCUGGUUGGUCUUCAUUAUCUGCCCCAUGAGCAUGGCCCGUCUGCCCAGAAACUGCUGCAGGACCUGACCUGGUUGAAAGAAAACUGCCACCUGGUCAGCGCUAACAACAAGAAGGCACCGCCUCAGAAGAUUGAUGAGUGGCGCGGUCGGGCCUCUGGAUUCCUGUCCCUGUGUGAAGACAUAGCACAGCUCCACUGCAGCGUGGUGGGCGGAGCCAAUAGGGCUGUGCUGUAUGAUCUUUAUCCUUAUGUGUGGGACCUGAGGAACACGGCUCUGGUGGCUAAAGCAUUCAUAUGCUGGCUGGAUGGACGAGUUUUAAGUGACAGCUCCACCCUGGGAACCUGGAGGAACUGCUUCCAGUGGUGUGGGAAGACCACAGGGGCAGACCUACUUGGAGUGGAGUCAGAGCCAUGGGUGUUCAAAGGAGGCGUGUCUGGAGAGGUGCAGAUGCUUCUCCCAAUAGGAAACAGCAGUGAAAUCUUCACUCAUCCUCCUCCUCUCUUCCCUACCUCUCGUCUCUAUAACAUCAGGCCCUACCACAGCAAGGACAAGGUGGAGCUGUAUCGGAUGGUGCGCCAACUCCACCUGAGGACUCAGGGUGGCCAAGAUUCCAGUGUUACUCACCCAGAUGUGAUAGGAGACAGAUGUCUCGGACCGUGCUUGGCAUUGUGCCCCGAGUACAGCUUCAUCUUGGAAGAUGAACUGGGUGUGUGCGGCUGUGUGUUGGGCAUCUUGGAUGUUCGCUCCUUUGCCAAGCGGUGCCACGCCAGCUGGCUGCCUGCCAUGAGGGACAAAUACCCACCCAAAGGGGGCAACACACACCCCAACACACAGGACUUGAUCACGCUGAUGGAGGAGGACCAGGGAGAGUACCCAGACUCUCUCCUGUAUCACUUCCCCUCUCAGCUGCGACUGGAUGCCCUGCCUGAGUUGGUAGACAUCAGCGUCAGCCGCACCCUGCUCACCGCCCUCCUCACAGCACUCAAGGCCAACGGUUCUCAGGGUGUGUUCUGCGAGGUGCAGCCGACAGACCGUCAGAGGCUGGAGUUCUUGACAAAACUGGGCUUCCUGGAGAUCCUCAGAGGAGAAGCCAGGAGCAGAGAGGGAGUGGUGCUGGGGAGGCUGCUCUGAACACAGACACACACACAUAAACACACAUGGUCACUCACAUAUACACACUACAAGAAACAUGUAAAGACACACUGCACCCAUCCAGUAGAUACACACUUACACACAGAGAAAUAUGUUUGAAACACAGUGCAGCAGACGGUUAAGCUUUGCAUUCUCUCCAUCUAGAGAGAAAACCUUUUUAAGGAACAAUCCUGGAUUCCUUUGAGACUGUGUGGCAGUAAUGGGGAUAAACCCAGAGAUUUUUGAGAGAUUUACAAAAUCUAAAAUAAGCUUGGAUUUUAAACCUUCAGCAGAGCUAUGCUAAUCAUUCUCAGAUCCCACCCCUGGCUAUGGAUUACAAGAAGUUAAAAGGAAAUCAACAACAGAAUAGUUUGAGAUGUGAGCAGAGCAGUAGAUCUCAGCAGCUACAACUUUUCCUCUGUGGCACGCAGCAUUUGCACAUGUGUAACUUUUCUGUUAAAGGAGCUAUUAUCAAUAUUCUACCAAAUACAUUACCAAAAACAGAGAGUCAAUGUUGCAUUUCCCGAGGUAGCCACAAAAACGACUUAAAAUGCAUGAUAAUGUUGCUCUGUACUCGCUGGAUGUGUAAGUAAACUGUUUGCUAACACGUUCUCUGCAUCAUCUAUAUAAGGUAAUAAUAUGUUCGCAAUGUGUUCACAGCUUGGUGGCAAAAAAUAAUUGUGUUCUUCCACAUUCAAGUGAAAAUAUGAGAAUAAACAAAUAUACAGCAGGUACAUUUUUGAGCCACUGGUGCUGUGGCAUAUAGGAUCAUAAUUCAUUAAAUACUCACUUGAAAAAUGGAUAGAUUUAAACUAUAUAGAACUUAUAUUAAUAUAAAAGAGAAGAAUUAAAAAAGGGACCAUAGGGAUACUUUUGGUACUUUUGGCAAGUACUGGAGUCUUUGAUGAUAGCUGGACUGGCUUCAAGGAUCUGCCCUGGUGAAGUGUCCUUAAGCAAGGCACUAAAUCCUUAUAAGCCUCAGAGCUAACUGUUCUGAGCUGACCUCACCUCUGACCUACCUGGAGAGGGGCAAAUGUUAAACCCAAAAAACCAAAGUGUAAAAAGCACACAUUGUAGGUGGACUGUGUUAUCUUUGGAAAGAAACAGACAAGCUAAGCUAACUACCUGCUGGCUUCAUCUACAUAUUUAACAUUUAGACAUG